AUGGACGCCCAGGACAAGCGCGGCCGUCCUCUCUCCCACCUUCGCAAACUGGAUCUCCAAGACGACGGUCCAGUUUUUGUCGCAAAUUCUGGGACAAGUGGACGUGAUACCGUUCCUGUACAGAUGCUUCAGUCUAUCAUUCAGCCCGAGCCACUCAACUCCGAAGUUGUGAAUGAAAGAAUCAGGGAUGCCACUAGAGGUGUUACAAGCAUCCGCCCUGUAUCGGGAAUCGCGAAAAAUGCUGCCGCAGUAACCGGCAACGUUCAAACGGUUCUCAAUGAGAUCGACAUGUGGACCCCAAUUCUUGGGCCACUGAAGGCCUUUAACUCUGUUGCUCGUUGCAUUGGAGAUGUAGGUUCAUCCCUAUUUGCAGGGAGCAAUGACUAUUUUGAUUGGCGCGUCUCAAUCAUUAUCGAUCAGGCAGGCCGUGAUACUGCUGUUUACCAUCUGCUCGAGAAGAUCUCGGAAGUUUAUGCCUUAAUGAACGAAGAGGAGGAGCUGAAGAAUAUUUCAUCCAUGCUACCAAUAUAUCUAAAAAUCGCACAACAGACGCAGGAAUGCGCUGAUUUUAUUGUCCAUUACUCUGAGACCAAGACUUUCUGUGAGUAG